AUGGAGCAACUGCCGUAUGCUAACCCCGGACACGGGCUAAGAGCGGGCACCAGCCCCAAGCCCAUCUCUGCAGCCCUGAGACGCUGCAUAGGGCCGGUGGGUGCUGCUGGGGGGUAUGGGGAGCAUCCCUCCCGCACCCUGCGCGGAGGAAAAGGAGAAUGGGGCUGGCGGCGGGGCAGAGGUGGCCGGGAGGGGCGCUGGGGGGUCCCUCUAGCCUCGACGAGCCGAGGUGCCGCUCCAGGCGUGGCCGCGGCUCCGCCCCGGGGUAGGGUCGCCAGCCGGAGCAGACACACCACCACCCCCCCAGCCCAUAUAGCCCUGAAGGUGGUGGCUGCUCCCCUUCCCCCGACGGCGCCGGGCAGCGAUCGGCGGCUUCAUCCCGACCCUGCGCUGGCAGCUCCCGGGUGUCUGCCCUUCGCGUCUCGCCCCUCAUCUGCCAUGGCUCUGUCCGUGCCCGGCGAGACCUGCCCCGGGGACGGCGGGGACGUGCCCGGGGUGAGCCCCGCCAGCUUCGCCGCCUUCUACUCCUCGUUCCUGCCUCCCGCCCCGUACUUUGAGGCUUCCUCCGACUUCUUCCAGCUCCCGAAAUCCCUGGGGGGGUUGCUCCCCGCCUCUCCACCGCUGACCCCCUUCACCUUCAGCAGGGUCCCCUCUCUCCUGAGCCAGCCGCCCGCGCUGCCCCCAGCUGAGCCCUUCCCCGAUCUCCCCCUGCCCCUCUACGCCAGGCCGUCUAUUCACGGCCCACCCCGGGAGGACUCGCCCCUUGGUGCGGGAGUCCUGGACUCAGUGCCACUGCUCUGCCCGAGCUCCCCGCGCAGGGCUGCCCGCAGCCCGGAGGAGCCCGGCCGGUACCGUUUCAGCGAGGAGCAGCUCCAGGCCGUGCUCUACGGGACGCUCCGCAGCCAGCCGGCCGGCAGCCUGCACGCCAUCUCGGGGCUCCGCCUGCCCCCCGAUAGCCCGGGUGCUGCGGACUCCUGCCCGUUGCUCGACAGGGACGCGCUGCAGCUGCCUGAAGGGCUGUCGGUGCUGCGGGUGGCCUAUGGGGACGUGUCUCAGCUCGGCGUGUUCUGUACGGACCCCAUCCCCAAAGGAGUCCGCUUCGGCCCUUUCCAGGGCAGGGUGGUGAACACCAGCGAGAUCAAGACUUACGACGAUAACUCGCUGAUGUGGGAGAUCUUUGAAUACGGCCGCCUGAGCCACUUCAUCGACGGGAAGGGCACCUCCGGCAACUGGAUGUCGUUGGUGAACUGUGCCCGGUUCCCUGAGGAGCAGAACCUGACGGCCAUCCAGUGCCAGGGGCAGAUCUUCUACGAGAGCUGCAAGGACAUCCUGCCCAAGCAGGAGCUGCUCGUGUGGUACGGCGACUGCUACGUCCAGUUCCUGGGCAUCCCUGUCAGCCUGAAGGGCAUGGCGGAGGGCAAGAGACCCCCGCAGCACCCCGAAGAAGCCGGGGAGAGCUUCAAGUGCGAGCGCUGCGGGAAGGUCUUUGCCUACAAGUACUACAGGGACAAGCACCUCAAGUACACUCGUUGCGUGGACCAGGGGGACCGCAAGUUCCCUUGUCACCUCUGCAGCCGCUCCUUCGAGAAGAGGGACAGGCUGAGGAUCCACAUCCUCCACGUCCACGAGAAGCACAGACCUCACAAGUGCUCGGUGUGUGGGAAGAGCUUCUCCCAGUCCUCCAGCCUGAACAAGCACAUGAGGGUCCACUCCGGGGAGCGCCCCUACAAAUGUGUCUACUGCAACAAGGCGUUCACGGCGUCCAGCAUCCUGCGCACGCACAUCCGGCAGCACUCCGGGGAGAAGCCCUUCAAGUGCAGGCACUGCGGCAAGGCCUUCGCCUCGCACGCCGCACACGACAGCCACGUGCGGCGCACCCACGGCCGGGACCGCCCCGGGGAGCCGCCCGGCCCCGGCACCGGGCAGUGA